AUGGCGCGAGUAGGCAGCCCCGAGACUGCGUCCCUGCUCUCCGGCCAUUCGCGACCCAGCACCCUCCAGUCCGUUCGCAACACCCCCGUCUUCACACUCGACACGUUCAGCAGUAAAGACUUCAUAGUCAAGGACUUUGUGGAGUCGCUCUCAGAUUCCACCGUCGGUACUCGAAGAUCCGCGCCCACAUCCGGAGCCUCCAGCGCACAAUCGAGCCAGGCUUUCGACCCAAAGCCACUAAUCCGAACGUUUGAACAUGCGCUGAGCAGGCUAAAGACUUUGAGCGAGGACCUGCAGGAACGCGAGAAUGAGCUGAGCGGGAGUGUCAGAAGGGCUGAGGGCCAGCACAAUACCAACAUCAAGUCUCGCGAGCAGGAGUUGGAGCGUACCAUUGCCUCGUUCCACCGCCUGGAGCGGACACUGGAUGGAGAUGGAGACGAGGGCGGUAAUGCUGCUAUGCGGAUAGGAGAGCGAUUAGAAGAGCUGGACAGACAAAGGCAGCGGGCUCAGGAUGCUAAGUUCAUUCUUCAAUGCUGGCUGGAAGUCAGCGAACGAGGAGAUCUCUCAAGUCUGGAUGAUGUGCGGAAGAUGGGUGGAGGGGAAGGCAAAGUUCGCUGCGCGCAUAUCGCUCGACAACUACUUAAAAUAUCACAACGUCUAGACGGCAGCUCGGAGACCCAGAACGGCACGCCGAAGACGAAUGGUGUUCAUUUCCCCAAUGGCGUCAACGAUCUUAAUGGAACAGAUUCGCCCACCGGCAGCCAACGACGAGCAAAGAACAACAAGCAACCGCGAGAGAUCAUCGAGAAGUUCUUGGAAAUGCUCGAAAAAGACCUUUUAAAGUCGUUUGAUGAGUUUUACCGAAGGCAGAACUUUGAUGGUAUGCGAGAGUGUGCUGUUGCUCUUCAGGAUUUUGGCGACGGCAACUCCGUCAUCUCGCUCUUCGUCAACCAGCAUCAGUUCUUCAUUGAUCGCUCCCAGCUUGUUACAGACGAGCUGGUGGUAGACAGCGAGACCUGGGACCGACUGGCAGAUCCAGAUACCGAGCCUCCCGGCGUCGAGCCGAGUCUGCAGUCCUUGAUUGACGAAGUGAAGGUCGUUGUCCAAGAAGAGAGCUUCAUCAUCAAACGUGCCUUCCCCUAUCAUGAGGAAGUUCUCGCCAGGUUCUUACAGCGCGUGUUCCAACAGUCGAUCCAGCAGCGGUUGGAAAUGGUCCUCAACAAAGCCGACAGCAUUUCUUCUCUGGCCUUCCUCAGAUCACUCCAAGCCUCAAGGGCUUACAUUGCCGCAUUGGUAGAGGAUCUCAAAGCGCAUGGCCUCACCGAGCACCCUGAAUUCGUCUCGUCCGUAACGGCAGCAAUGCUCGACCAGCAGCUCGACGAGCUGUUUGUGCCAUACUUCAUGGGCACGAGCUAUAUCGAGCGGGAGAAGCGUAACCUUGGUGUGCUGUUCGAAGGCCUACUCUUCAAAUUCGCUAUCUAUCACUCUCGAAGACGCAAAGUCCACGUGCAGUCGAAUACAUAUCUUGGGGCUAUUUCGGCGCGCAGCAAGGAGUUUAUCAGCAGCGCCCGAGACGCAUACAUGGAACGAUUGGACAGUGCAGAUCUGCAACCUGGCCAGAAAGCAAUGCUGCUGCGUGUGGCUGGAAUGCAUCAGAACAAGGAUCAAACCGGGCCUGCCGAGAUUGACGUGACCGAUGAAGAUGGCCAACUCAGCUUACCUUUCACCAAGCGUAUGCUGAAAUGGCUUGCAGAAGGCGUUGGACGUGGAAUAGAGCUGGCUGGCGGCGGGAGCGAAACACCAAAGGAGAUACGCGAGCUCCUCCAGCUGCUCAUCGCCAACAUGGGGGAGGUCUAUCUGGAGACUGCGUUGAACGCUGCCAUCGACCACGCUGCGGCCGCCGAGGCGAAUACGAAAUCGGAACCAGACCUGAGCUAUAUCAUCGAUCUACGGACUGCGGUCAGCGUACUGCACCUGAUGCUCACGACCAUCCAAACGCUGUUGCUUCCAUUGGCUGCAAGCAAUCUCACGAUCCGAAGAGAUCUGGAGAAGCAAACCAGCAACUUCACUGAUCGAAUGGAAAUCAAAGUCGAUACUGUUCUGCAAAAGACUAUCGAUGCUGCUCUUGCCUGGACAGCGAAGCUGUUGUCCGCCCAGAAGAAGACGGAUUUCAAGCCACGCGAUGACCACAACCUCCAAUUGGAUCAGCUGCAGUCGUCCACCUGCCAAUCCAUCUUCACGUUUCUUGAUCGCCUACAUUCGCGUGCUAAGAACUCAUUCUCCGGUCGUGUUCUUGAGUCAUUCUCGCUGGAGCUGGCGGUUGGUCUCCGGACAUUACUGCUGCAGCACUUCAAGUCUUACCAAGUGUCACUGACCGGAGCGCUUGUGGUGUCUAAAGACAUUACUAAGUACAUCGAACUCUUGCGAUCUUGGGAGUUGCCUUCGACGUUUGACCCGAGCUUGGAGGUCCUCACAGAAAUCGCGAAUCUGUUCGUUAUUGGACCCGAGGCACUCAGAGAUCGACUCAGGAAUUUUGGAACAGGCGCUGGUGGCCUCCAGGGAGUUGAGAAGACAGACCUUCGGCCCUAUGUGCUCAGACGUGAGGACAGUGGAAGCGUUGGAGUCCAAGCUGUACUUAAUGCCUUGUAA